GAUAGUGAGAGCUACCUAUUGUUUUUGUUGACCUGGUCAUCUCAUCUGUGUUGUGUGCGGCUUUUCACCCAGUUCGCCCGAGUUUAUUUCCAUGCCAAAUGGCCGCCUACAUGGAGGACGCGUUAGUGGAGGCACGGCGGGCACGUGACGCUGGCGAGGUGCCCGUGGGCUGUGUAUUCGUUCAUGGGGACAGGGUGGUCGCACGUGGCGGGAACGAGGUGAACGUCCACCGGAACGCGACCCGCCACGCGGAGUUCAUUUGCAUCGACGCUAUCCUGGCAACCUGCCGCGAAAAGCGUCUGCCGGCCCGUCAGCUAUUCAGCGAAAUUACCGUGGUGGUCACAGUGGAGCCUUGCAUCAUGUGCUCCGCCGCCCUACAUACGUUGGGUGUAAAGGAGAUCAUUUACGGUUGCGAGAACGACCGGUUUGGAGGAAAGACAGUGGUGGACGUGGCCGCUGUCGUUGGCCAAAGAAUAGAAAUCACCGGUGGCGUGCGGGCGGAUGAGGCGAUGGCGCUUCUGAAGGAGUUUUACAAGGGUGACAAUCCGGCGGCACCGCCACAGGCCAAGAAGAAGAAGUAGGAUCAGUCGGAGAUUAUACUACGUUUCGGAAAAUAUGAAGCAGAAUAAGGGUAUGAAGAUACCAACUGAUCCUCAAG